GCGUCAUCACACUGACGCCGCCAUAUUUAUUCGAAAUUUUUAUUAUUCAUUUUGAUUUUUUGUUGCCUGUAAAAAUGAGUAUUUGAAGGCAAGACGAUGCCUUUUAACGAGGAUAAAACAUCAUGGAUGAUUGCCUAGCAUACAGGUAAGAAUAUUGUUAUGUUUUCUAUAUAAUAGAGCAAUUUUGAAACGAAAUAUUUGCAAUCUUCAUUCGUGAAUUUUGAACCAUGUGUUCCGGCUUAAAAUUUGAAUUUGCCGCGACAAUAUUUGAAUUAAAACGAUAAUAUAAAUACAUUAGUUUUUACAAAGGCUUGCAUUUGACUCAGCCCUAGUUUAUAUAUCGAAUAAUAUGACAGAUAAUUUGUAACAAUGUUUCUCGUCUAGAAUAAUAUAGCUUUAUAAUUGGCAUCAUUCUACAUUUCUACUCAAUCCUCAUAUCAUGUGCCCACUAAAGCACGUCCCAGCUAAACAUGGCUUGAGAGAAUUUAUUGACUUUAAUAAUUUCAACUGCUACUUUCAUAAGUUUCAAAUGUUUAUUCAUAUAUAUAUAUACAGAUAAGUGGGUCGGUUUAGUAAAAAUGUCAAUUUGAUGUGUUAUAUGGCAACUUGAUUUAUUGACAGUUAAGUCCUAAAAAUGCAUGAAUAAUAAUACAACAAUAAGCCUAAUUUUCAGCACUUUGUUAAAAUUAAAUGUUAUCUUAACUAAUGCCGGACAAUUUUAUUUGUCCAGGGAAGUGUCUAGCUAGACUCUGCCCAUGUUUCAUGUUGACAUAUUUAGAUGCAAAUAUUUUACCUAACACUCCCCACUUUAACUACUGCGAUAUUUAACUCGAUGGUGGAGUGCUUGCCCAUAUUUCACGUUUUAAGUAUUAACACCUAAGUAGGGUUGGGCGAUAUUAAAAAAAUCAUCUCACGAUUAUUGUCGAGGAAAUUAUCACGAUAUUCGAUAAUAUCGCGAUAAAAACAAUGACCAAUAAGCUUAAAAAUAAUCUUAUUAAAAACAAGUAAAACAACAAAUUAAAAUAAUUUAAUAUGAAAGCUUUUUCUAGUCUAAUAUUUACUGUCCAUAAACCCGAACUGUCUAUGCAGUGUCUACUGUGUCUCCGCAGGCGCAAAUGCCGUGGGCACACAGCGCAAGCAAAGCCUGCAAUUUCAUUGUUCAGCGGCUUACUAAUUUCCAAGGCCGAAUGGCCGUAUUAAAUUCGUAUUUAAUUCAGGAAAUAGUUUUAAUUCUUUUAAAAAAUAUGUUUUCUAGAAAUUGAAGGAAUUUUUUAGGAUUUUUAUAAAAGCUAUAUACUACAUCAAAGCAAUAUCACGAUAGUCAACGAGCAUGACGAUAAUUUCGAUAUAUCGUCGCUCUAGUUUCUACCUUCGAUACGAUAAUCGCGAUUGAAAAUAUCGCGAUAAAUCAAAAUAUCGAAAUAUCGCCCAACCCUACACCUAAGAAGCAAUUUCCUCUUCUAAAUGUUACCUACUUUAAGUUCUUUGAAGGGGUGUAGAGAAUAGAGUCUUUUUUGCUAUUCUGCUGGAUACAGGAUAGGUUGGAUAGUUUUUGCUAUCCAGCCAGAUAUGUACACGAUAUAGUAUGUUGGAUAGUUGAAAAUAUCCAGCCAGAUUCAUGGUAUUAUCCAAAUAUAUAUGGUUAAUGCCUCAUAAAUUUAAGGUCACUCCUUUAAAUGGCGAUGUGCCCAGCAGCCUGGAUGCUCCCCACUGUAUUAUUUUACUUGUCAGUUGUCAGGAGGAGAGUGCUGCCAGUCAAUGGGUUAAUCAGACUAUCUUCCCAUGCACCCUAUCAACCCUUCAAGUGGCAAUGUGCCUCACUUUAUUAUUUUACUGUCUAAUUAGAUGUCAGACAAUUUCACUUGUCAGGGGGAGAGUGCUGCCACUCAAUGGAUUAAUCAAACUAUCUGUCCAUGCACCCUACUAACCCUUCAAGUGGCAAUGUGCCCCACUUUAUUAUUUUACUGUCUAAUUAGAUGUCAGACAAUUUCACUUGUCAGGAGGGAGAGUGCCGCCACUCAAUGGGUUAAUCAAACUAUCUGUCCAUGCACCCUAUCAACCCUUCAAGUGGCAAUGUGCCCCACUUUAUUAUUUUACUGUCUAAUUAGAUGUCAGACAAUUUCACUUGUCAGGGGGAGAGUGCCGCCACUCAAUGGGUUAAUCAAACUAUCCGUCCAUGCACCCAACUAACCCUUCAAGUGGCAAUGUGCCCCACUUUGGAUGUCAGACAAUUUCACUUGUCAGAGUGCUGUCACUCAAUGGGUUAAGUGCUUCACCUUCCCUAAAUUUAUUUCCACUUCCCCCACUAUUUCCACCAAAAAUCCAAAAUCCAUCCUUGGUAUUAUGGGAACUGUUUUCAUUGGGAGAUUGUUGAUGUACUCUAAGUGUGUUUCGUCAGUAAUAUUAUCAAUCAUAUAGUCAGUCUUGAUAUGCAUGCACUUAUCUUUUCCUGUUUUACCUACAAUCAACAGGAUGAUGAUGUUACAAAGAAGAUCAAGAAAUAUGUAUCUCCAAGACUUCUGCAUGAUGUUUGUUGCUGAAGGAAUGGUUGUCACCAAACUGAAAGCUGUAAAUAUCUUAAAUAUCUGUAUUUUGUUUGCAUAUUGUAUGUGUAUAGUGCUGAAGGUGUAACUUGACACAGUAAGAAUGUGUUUUUAUUUUUGGAACAUAUUCUUAUUCCCUGCAGUGGAAAGAAGAGACUUACAUGCAUGUUGCUAAUGCCAGUUGAACACUUAAUUUCUUUUAUGAAAUAGAACAUUGCAAGCAUGCAUGCAUGUCCAAGGGUAUCGCAUACAUACAGUUGAUUCCGUUUGACCGAUAGAUAUAUUUUUAUACAAUA